AUGGCUGAUUUCUCUGUGAUCUCGACAAAAACUCAAACGAGCACGAACACUAAUGACAAGAACCAAGAAAUUCAACAACAAGACAUCAACAUGUUCCGUGGAUUCGACAUUGUAAUCGAUCCAUCAGAUCACUUUUACAUCAACAACAAAAAAGGUGGAGAUUGCUUCACUCACCCCUCAAGUAGGGUUCACAAGAAGAUCAUGCAAGAAUGGAAAAUCCUUGAGAAACACGUUCCUGAUUCAAUCUAUGUUCGUGUAUACGAGAAUCGAAUUGAUCUGUUAAGAGCAGUGAUCGUUGGCCCCUCAGGUACACCAUACCACGAUGGGCUCUACUUCUUUGACAUUGCUUUCCCAUCAGAUUACCCGUUCACACCUCCUUUAGUUUAUUAUAAAUCAUUUGGGUUGCGUAUUAACCCUAAUUUAUAUCAAAACGGGAAGGUCUGUUUAAGUUUAUUGAACACAUGGGUGGGUGAAAAAUGCGAGAAAUGGAAUCACAACCAGUCCACAAUUCUUCAAGUUUUGAUCUCGAUACAAGCGCUUGUUUUAAAUGAGAAACCCUACUAUAAUGAACCGGGUAUGAGGACAUGUGAAAAGAAAUCUAAUGAAUACAGUGAAAAUGCUUUUAUUUUGUCAUGUAAGACAAUGUUGUAUUUACUGCGUAGGCCUCCAAAGAAUUUUGAGGGUUUUGUUACUAGUCAUUUUAGAGAGAAGGCAAGUGUUAUAUUAUCAGCUUGUAAUGCUUAUAGUAAUGGUCAAGUUAAAGUUGGGUAUUAUGGGAAGGAUGGGUCAUGUCCUGCAAGUUGUCCAACGGUUCGUGUAUCAAGGAAAUUUAAAGGUUCAAUUUAUAAGUUGUAUCCGGAACUGCUUUCGAAUUUCCGGAGCAAUGGAGCUUCGUUAACGGAGAUUGAUUCUAUGGAGCAAUUAAUAUUGACAAAGAAGAGAACAGGGUUGUUGAAAGGCAAAGUGGGGGUUAAGGAAAGUGGAUAUGUAAGGAUGGUUUUUGGGAAAGUGAUGAAAUUUUUGGGAUUAAAUAAGAAUGGGAGUGGCAAAAGAGAUGUUGAAGCAGAGACCCAAACCUAG